UAACGAGGGUUAUGGGAGUGCUGGAGCCAAUCCCACCUGUCAACGGGCAGGAAGAGGGGUACACCCUGAACUGGUUUCCAGCCAAUCGCAGGGACAUGGCGACAAACAGCCACACUAACUACGUAUCACACCUAUGGGCCAUGGACGACGAUGCAUCUCUGUGUCUUCAUCACUUGCAGCUCGAACACACGUCAGCUACGAGCUCAAGGACGAUGUUGCAGUUAUCCGACUGCAUGAUCCAGCAUCCAAAGUGAACACACUGUCUGUGCAGAUGCAGUCUGAGCUGACAGAAGUGAUGGGUGAGAUCUGGUCGAAUGGAGCUGUGAAAAGUGCUGUCCUUAUCUCAAGCAAGCCUGGCUGCUUUAUCGCUGGUGCAGACAUCAAUAUGAUCCAGGCCUGUAAGCGCAGUGAAGAGGUUACACGUCUCUCUCAGGAAGGUCAGAAGAUGUUCGAGAAGAUUGAAAAGUCUCCUAUCCCAAUUGUUGCUGCCAUCAAUGGCUCAUGUUUGGGUGGAGGCCUUGAGUUCGCCAUAUCCUGCCAGUAUCGAAUCGCCACCAAAAGUCGGAAGACAAUUCUGGGCACACCAGAGGUCAUGCUCGGCCUACUGCCUGGAGCGGGUGGCACCCAGAGACUACCCCAAAUGGUGGGUCUCCCUGGAGCAUUUGAUAUGAUGCUGACAGGCAGGAAUAUCCCUGCUGAUAAAGCGAAGAAGAUGGGCCUAGUGCACCAGCUUGUGGACCCUCUGGGUCCUGGUUUGAAGCCACCGGAGGAGAGAACGAUUGAGUACUUGGAGGAAGUGGCAGUAGGCGUGGCUAAAGGUAUCGCCAACAAGACGGUUUCCCUUUCAAAGGAGAAAAGUCUCAUGCAAAAGCUACAGGACAAAGUGAUGGGUCUCGGUCCAGUGAAGAAGAAAAUCUACAAGACUGUCAGUGAGAAGGUUCAGAAACAAACUAAAGGGCUCUACCCCGCACCAGUCAAAAUCAUUGAGUCCAUCAAGGUUGGUGUGGAGCAGGGAGGAGAAGCGGGUUAUCUGGCUGAAGCUGAGAACUUUGGGAAGCUGGCUGUGACAUCAGAAUCCAAAGCCUUGAUUGGCCUUUACCACGGUCAAGUGGCUUGUAAGAAGAACCGAUUCGGGACCCCAGAGAAAGAAGUCAAGACUCUUGCAAUCCUUGGUGCAGGAUUAAUGGGUGCAGGUAUUGCUCAGGUUUCCAUAGACAAAGGACUCAAAACCAUACUCAAGGACACCACAUUUGAAGGCAUCAACAGAGGAGAAGAACAGGUCUACAAUGGUCUGAACACAAAGGUGAAGAAUAGAACACUGUCCUCUUUUGAACGUGACGCUACGCUGUCCAACCUCUCAGCCCAGCUCGACUUCACAGGCUUCUCGUCUGCAGACAUGGUGAUCGAAGCCGUGUUUGAGGAUAUUAACGUGAAGCACAAAGUUCUCAAGGAGAUGGAAACCGUGAUCCCUCCUCACUGCGUGUUUGCCUCCAACACUUCAGCCCUCCCGAUUAAGGAUAUUGCUGCUGCAAGCAAACGACCUGAAAAGGUGAUUGGCAUGCACUACUUCUCUCCAGUGGAUAAAAUGCAGCUACUGGAGAUCAUCACCACUGAUAAAACAUCCAAUGACACGCUGGCCUCAGCUGUGAGCGUGGGCCUUAAACAGGGCAAGAUCGUCAUUGUCGUCAGGGAUGGUCCUGGUUUUUAUACCACUCGCUGCUUGGCUCCCAUGUUAGCAGAAGCUGUAAGAGUGCUUCAGGAGGGUGUGAGUCCAAAGAAACUUGACAACUUGACAACCAGCUUUGGCUUUCCCGUCGGUGCGGCAACACUGGCCGAUGAAGUCGGUAUCGACGUAGCAGCUCAUGUGGCAGAGGAUCUGGGAAAAGCUUUCGGUUCUCGCUUUGGAGGUGGAAAUGUGGAGUUUCUUAAAACCAUGGUCGAGAAAGGCUUUAAAGGUCGUAAAUCGGGAAAAGGCUGUUUCAUCUACGGCAAAGGGAAAAAAGACAAGCGUGUAAAUUCUGAUGCUGAAGAAAUUAUCAAGAAAUACAAACUCUCUGCCCCUCCCACAGUUUCAUCGGACUCUGACAUCCAGUACCGGCUUGUGUCUCGCUUUGUGAACGAGGCGGUCUUGUGCCUCCAGGAGGGGAUCCUGCUGAAUCCAGUAGAGGGAGACAUUGGGGCUGUGUUUGGACUUGGCUUUCCUCCCUGUCUAGGCGGUCCAUUCAGGUUUGUGGACUCAUUCAGCGCAGAGCGUCUUGUCAACACCAUGAAGCGUUUCGAGGAAGUGUAUGGAAAUCAGUUUACACCGUGCCAACUCUUACUGGACCACGCAAAAGACUCCAGAAAGAAGUUCCACAAUUGAUCCAUCUUCAUAUACAGUAUGUGGGUCAGCUCGGUUAAUAAGUGUCUUUUGGACUGGAUCCACAUCUAUUAUAAAAUGGGAAUUAAACUUGAGAAGCAAAGGGUUUUAUCAAAAUUUUUUAGCCCAUCUUUUAUUUCAUAACAUCACUUUUGUUGUGAAGUUCACAAUUCUUGAAGAAUAUAUAUUGUUGGUAGGUUCUAUUAUGUGAUUAACCCAUUAGGUUAACUCUUGUGAACAUUUUUAGUCAUUAACAUUUACUGAGUCAGACUGUGACAAUACUGCUUCUGAAGGAGUUUUUCAAAGGUCAAAUGGAGCACGGAGUAAAUGUUAUACUAGUGAGUUCAGCUCCACUCACUAGCCUACACCAUUUGGUCCAUUAGGUUUGAUGAGAACAAAAAUCCAGUCAUGUGUAUGAGAAUAAUUUUAUUUUCACUUUACAAGUAUAUUUACUGCUGUGGUUGUAGUUUUAUGAGUGCACAACUCAUUUCCAUCCUAUUACAACAAAUUGAUAUUUUGCACGUCUUAUGUUGGUAACCAAAACACCUGUUAUCCAUGAGCAUUAACUUUUAAAAAUGUGUGGCACAGUUACAGAACUGGUUAGAGCGUUACCCUCACAUUUCUGAGUUACAAUUCUGAGAACUCGGGUUCAGUUCCCAGCCCCCCCAGCUGGAGUUUGCAUGUUCUCCCUGUGCCUGCGUGGGAUUUCUCCCGGCAUUUCGGUUUCCUUCCCACAUCCCAAAAACAUGCAUUGAUCGGAGACUCAAAAUUGCCUCAAGGUGUGAUUGUGAGUGCGACUGGUGUCUGUCUCUAUGUGGCCUGUGAUUGGUUGUUCAGCGUGUACCCCGCCUCCUAACCGAUGAUAGUUGGGAUAGGCUGCAGCACUUACGUGACCCUUGUGAGGAUAAGCAGCAAACGAAAAUGGAUGAAAGACCAAAAUGUUCAUACAGUACAUGGAUUGGAUAACAUUCAGUUAUGCAGGGGUACCUGAUUAAGUGUCCAGGUAACGUAAACUAGCAGCUUCUGUGCAAGUUAGUCAAUACAAAAUCAUUUAAAGUUUUUUGUGACUUCAUAAGGAGUCUUUGACUUUCCAUACAUCCAUUUUCCAGAGUGCAUGUCCUCAUCAGGCAGUCUCUCCAACCUAUCCCAUCUAAUUUGAGAGGUAAUUCCAAUACACAUAUGGCGGUAUACAAAGAGACCUAUAGGAAACUAAGGAUCUGUGAAUUUUGACAAGUCAGCGUUGCCUCAGUGUAAAAAUAGUAAAAAUGAGCUGAUCAAAGAUAAAAGCUCAAAUAACUGUGAAUUAUGUAUGGGCAUACAGUAUUUAAGUCUGAGCUGAUUUGUACUUAAUUACAAACUGACUGAAUUAUUAAUUUAAAAGUACAAUGGCCAAGUAGAAGAGCAUGAAAGCAUUUUUAAUUCAUGAUUUUAGAGUUCAUAUGUAAUAUGUCAAACUAUGUUCCACUAAACGAAAGGUACUGUAUUAAA